AUGGCUGGAAAGCACCCCAAACAUCCCGCCACCGUUCACUUCCCACUGACGUUCACCUUCCUGACGGGAGCUCUCGAUGCACUCUACUUAGCCUCAGUGACACCUGCAACUGCUGGUUUUGUGACAACAGCGUUCAAAACCCUCGACAUUGCGAUUCCGACUUCUCUUCUCCCCACGCUCUCCUACUAUUCCACGAUCCUAACGCUCAUCACUGCUAUACCUGCCGUCAUCUCCGGUGCCCUCGAACUCCAACCUGUUAUCGCACGCGACGGUUUCGGUUCCAAGAAAGCCCAGACGGGUGUCCUACAUGCUUUGAUAAACGACAUCACCGUGUUUGGCGCGGCAUACAACUGGUGGGUGAGGAGGACUACCACAGGCUUCGUACCUGAUACGACCAAUGUUGCCAUCAGUGCUGCACUAGCGGUACCCGCAAGCUUCUUUGCGGCAUACCUCGGUGGACAGCUCGUCUAUCAGUAUGGCAUGGGUGUCGGACGGGGUAGCGGCAGCAAUGCAAAGAAAGCGCAGUAG